GUCAUCUCAAAUUGAAUAUUAUUUAUUCUGAUUGCUGUUGUUCAUCUCUUGUUGAUUGCGCUUUUAAUCCACAAUCUCUAAUCUUGAACUGGAAGAGAUCAUGGCCUUCAUCGCACUGCACUUUUACUCUCUGUGAAAUUUGUCGGUUUCUACAGCUCUCUACGCUAAGAAAUCAACGGAAUACGAUCGACACUCCGACCCUGCCGACUGCACUGCAAACUGAUCGGCAAGCAGCGGGCCCAGUGCAGAAGGAAUAUCAAGGAUCAUCAGCAUAGUCAAAGUAACAAACCAGACCCAGCCAAGAACUGUUCGACGUCUUCUUUUUAGAUUUGUUUUCUGUCUGCCUUUGUUCGAUCUAAGGCUAAGGCUUCCGAAUCAGAGCCCUCGCGAUGCUCGCUCCUCCAGAACACUUUGGCAUCGUCGAGGACGACGUCUACCGAUGCACCGAAAUCGACCCCCUCAAUUUCCCUUUCCUGCAAACCCUCUCGCUCAAAACCAUCCUCUCCAUCGGCCAGCAGAAGCCUUCUCCUGCCGUCGACCUCUUUGCGCGAGAGAACAACAUCAGCAUCAAACACAUGAAACUUCCCUCCUGGAAGAUAUCUGAAGAAGAAUGGAAACUCCUCCCCGACAAAGUCGCCGAAGCAAGUCUCUCCUACGUCCUCAACAUCAAAAACUACCCAAUCCUCAUCAUCGACCUAUCAUGCACAUUCAUCGGAGUCCUCCGCAAAUUAGAGCACUGGACCCUCUCCUCCAUCAUCAACGAAUACCGCGAAAUCUCGUUCGACAGAUCACAGUACCUAUACGAGCUCUACAUAGAAAUGGUCGAUCUCAGUAAAAUCUCAAUCCCCCGCCUCCGCCUAGCCGCCGACCCGGCUUCACAAUCAUCCCUUGACAGUACCUCAUCCUGCAGAACAUACAACGGCGCGACCGUCACGAUUGACUUUGAUCGACUUCCGCAAUCACUCGACAUCCUCCCGGCUUCUCCACCUGACGAGCAGGCCGAAGAAAGCAGCGAUUGGAAAUCAUUCCCGAUCGAUUUGUUGCCGGCUUGGUAUAUCGAGUCUGAAUGCAUGUGGCUCGAUGACAUGGCCCGGUAUCAACGAGCAGCUAACUCUACAUAACCCACCUCCUUGUAUUAUAUAUCACAUCUUGUUUAUAUUUAAUCUUAUCUUUGUUUUGAACAUCGACUUCUCAUAUCUUUACACAUCCAACCGACUCUAAAGAGCAAAUCGAACACUAAAACAUAAAGAAAAGAGAAACAU